GGCUGCUGGUACGGCGGCGGUUUGGAGUGAGGGUAGCACGUUGAGAUGGAGGCUGAUCAAGAGAUGGAGGCUGAUCUUCAGUGCGGCGGCACAGGGCCUGAGGCCGAUGUUGAGCCCGUUGAGCCCGAUGUUGAGCCCGAUGUCCGGUCGGAAUCCGAGAUUGAGCCAGGUCUGGGUCCCCGGGGAAUGGAUCUUGUGUGGAGUGCGUGGUGCGGGAAGUGCGUCAAAGAGAAAGGGUCGUCGCCACUCUGGGCCCAGCGCAUCGUGGUCGCCUGGCUCAGCAGGGCCGAGUGGGAUCAGGUGAUGGUGUAUCUGUUCAGUGACGACUAUAAAUUGCAGCGGUACGCGCUGAACCGCAUCACGGUGUGGAGGAGCAGGUUAGGCAACGAACUCCCCCUGGCAGUGGCUUCUACUGCUGACCUGGUACGCUGUAAGCUCAUGGAUGUAACUGGUGGCUUGGGCACUGAUGAACUUAGACUGCUCUAUGGCAUGGCAUUGGUCAGGUUUGUGAACCUUAUCUCGGAGAGGAAGACAAAGUUUGCCAAGCUCCCUCUCAAAUUCCUGGCUCAGGAGGUGAACAUUCCGGAUUGGAUUGUUGAACUUCGCCAUGAGUUAACCCACAAGAAAAUGCCCCAUAUAAAUGACUGCCGUAGGGGCUGUUACUUUGUCCUGGAUUGGCUCCAGAACACCUAUUGGUGCCGCCAAAUGGAGAAUAGCCUGAGAGAGACCUGGGAGUUGGAGGAGGAGAGGGAAGAGACAGAUGAAGAAGACCAAAAGGAAGAUAAGAAAAUUGUUGUUGAUGACAUCAAAGAACAGAAUCCAGAGCCUAAGGAUGAGGAGAAAGGUGUAGAGCUGAAUGUCAAGGCUGAUGGAGACCGCGAAGGCAACAAAGACAGCAAAGAGGUUGAUCUGCUUUUACAAAAGGCUCAGAGACAUAAACAGUUGUAUGAAAGAGCCCGAGAACUGCUGGUAUCCUAUGAAGAGGAGCAGUUUAAGGUGCUGGAGAAAUAUAGGCAUUUACCUCAGGCCAUUAAAGCGUGGAAUAACCUGUCCCCACCUGUAGAAUGCAUCCUGGCAGAGCUCAAGGGCAUUACAUUCGAGAACAGGGAGGCUGUGCUAGAUGCUUUUCUGGAUGACGGCUUUCUCAUCCCCACAUUUGAACAGUUGGCAGCUUUGCAGAUAGAAUAUGAAGAUGGGCAGACUGAGGUCCAGAGAGGGGAAGGUACUGAUCCAAAGUCACACAAAAACGUGGACUUGGAUGACGUCCUGGUGCCAAAGCCGUUCUCUCAAUUCUGGCAGCCCCUGCUUAGGGGCCUGCACUCCCAGACCUUCACGCAGGCCCUGUUGGAGAGGAUGUUCUCUGAGCUGCCAGCCUUGGGGAACACUGGGAUUCGGCCCACCUACAUCCUCAGAUGGACCACUGAACUGAUUGUGGCUAACACCAAAACUGGACGGAAUGCCCGCCGGUUUUCUGCCAGCCAGUGGGAAGCAAGAAAGAACUGGAGGCUCUUCAACUGCUCUGCCUCCCUUGACUGGCCCCAGGUGGUUGAGUCCUGUUUGGGCUCACCUUGCUGGGCCAGCCCCCAACUCCUUCAGCUCAUCUUCAAAGCCAUGGGGCAGUUCCUGCCAGACGAGGAGCAGGAGAAGCUGCUACGCAUCUGUUCCAUUUAUACCCAGAGUGGAGAAAACCCGGUGCAGGAAGGUUCAGAGGCUUCCCCCAUUGGGAAGUCUCCAUACACAGUGGACAACCUGUAUUUGAUCCUCAAACCAGGAGGCUCAAGCUCUGGGCCUGAAGGAGAAGCCCAGCCACAGGAGGAGCAGGGCAGCCUGAAUGAUGUCAAGGAAAAUGAGAAGGAGAACAAAGAAGCCGUGGAAGACCAGGUAGAAGAGGAUGAAGAAGAGGAAGAUGAAAAUCAUCACCAGAAGUGGGAAGAAGAGGAGGAAGAUGAUGGUGACGAUGACAACAAUGACGCUGAUGAAGAUGAGGAGGAAGACAGAAUGGAGGUGGUACCUCUCUCUACAGAGGAAGAGUCCCCCACUGCCGAGAAUGCCAGGCUCCUAGCCCAGAAAAGAGGAGCUUUGCAGGAUUCUGCAUGGCAAGUUAGCUCAGAAGAUGUGCGAUGGGGCACUUUCCCCUUAGGUCGAAUGCCAGGUCAGACCGAGGACCCAGCAGAGCUUAUGCUGGAGAAUUAUGACACCAUGUAUCUUUUGGACCAGCCUGUGUUAGAGCAGCGGCUGGAACCCCCAGCAUGCAAGACUGGGCAUCUUUGUAGCAAGGCCUAUGCAGGGCUCCAUGCUGUCCCUCGAAACUCACCUCUGGAUCACAAGUGUAGGAGCCCUUGGGUCAUCAGGGAGCCAGGAACCAAGCAACCCUUGCUGAGGGGUUCUGCUGGUAACACAAAGAAGCCCAUCAAGAGGGCCUGUACAUUCUGGAAUGCGGGGCUUUUGUGACCAGGACAAUCCUCACCCUAGGCCUGAGCUGCAGCAGUGGCAGCAAUGACAGUGGCAACUUGAACCAACUUCUCUGGAGCCAGGAUGAGCUUCAUAUGCUCAAAGCUGGCGUACAGCUCUUCUGAUGACUGCCCUGGUAUAGGUGUUCAU